UCGGGAGCGCGCCUGCAGGAUCCAGGGAAGCGCCGCUGCAGCGGGAAUGAUGGCGGAGAGCACGAAGGAGGAACAAGUUUGAGGCUGGGAAAACGGAGAGCUCCAGCGACGCUUCGCCACCCGACGCGAUGAUCCGACCGGAUGCCUUCGUUUGAGUUGAGGCAACAGUGCUGCCAAAAAAAACCCUCCGCCUGACCCAUGCCACCAGUUGCCUAAAGUAGUACUUCUCCAAUCAAUCUCUCUCCAAACUUUCCACAAAGCCGGCUUCCUGAAUUGUGCUGCAACUCUAAACCAGGAAAAAUGAUCAAAGCAGAGAGUAAAGGAGGGGAGAGGACCCUGAGAAGUGCCUCCCCGCACAGAAAUGCAUACAAGUCCGACUUCCACGCCAUUAAGUGCACCUUUGAUGGGCCAAAGUCCGAGGGUGCCUCUAAAACAUUCUCAAAUGGAUCUAGCGAGUGCCGGGAGGACUCGAGGGGGAGACCUUUUGGAACCAGAGUGAAUAAGAUAAAGAACAUUUUCCUGCAAAUGGAUGGUCAACAACAGGAGAUCCAAGAAGCAAAGCCGGCUAUAAAGCCUGAAGUUCCCCCGAUUUCCCCACCGAAGCAGCAGUUUCCAGUCAGCACUCACAAAGUCAGCUUCAACAGUGCCACAACCCCAGAAUCCCACAAUUUAGAUAAAGCACCCAAGGGAGAUGAUGUGGAGAUUGACAAAGUGGCUUUGGCAGAGAAAUUUUCUGUGACCAGGAAACUCUUUGAAAGGGGCAUCAAAGAGCAACCGGCGGCUGAAAAGCUGUCUCCAAGCAGAGUGGUGACUCGCCUGUCCCUUGGAAGUGCCUCUGAUGACGGGAGAAGUACAAGGAGAGCAUCAGGAUCCUCAGAGCCCACCAGUAAAUCUGACCAAACUCUUGUAUCACCAGUUAAAAGUCGUUCAGAUGAGAUGGCCGAUGGCGAGAAAAAGCAUACAUCCAGAGUGUCACUUAAUGCAGGUCCUAUAUCCAAGAGGCUGGAAAAUUACAUGGGUGAGACGGACUCAGUCGACAACAACACGUCUGUUGGCAAAGAUGGAACGGUGGCUGCUAAACAACAUAAUACCACUGAACACAUGCAGCUUACCUCUCCGUUAAGAGACGGCUUACACAAACCCACUUCUCUUGUGAAAGAAACCUCUGACUCUUCAGUUGGAACUAAUGCCAUCCACAAAAACAAAGACGCCAAAUCUGCAUCUUCGGGGUCCAGUGUUGGGCUUAAAUCAACAAUUCAAGUUACAAGCCAAUCAUCCAAAUCUAGUUCUUUGACAACUGAUGCCACUCACAAAGUCCCCUCAUCAGAAGAGACGAUUCCCAUUAGUCAUGCCAACAAGUCUUCCUCACCUGUUGAUGGAUUUAGUCGGACACCUGUUGUUGGAGAAGGAGGCAAACCACGUAGUCCGUCCUCGAGGGAUGUGAAACAACCGAUUCCGUCUUCUGAAAGCUUUCAGAAUGCUAACAGGGCCAAAUAUGCAGAAAAAACCAGGAGUAACGACAACGUUAUUCUUAGCCCUACUGGGGGCAAACAAACCAGCCAGACUACGUCAUUGGAAUCCAAAGGGGUGGGCAUGGUACGGGCGGAACUGGUAGUGGUUCAGAAUGAGUCCUCGGAAAGUGAUGAAAACGAGGAUGAGAAAGGUGGAGAUAAAGUGCCAGAAGAGCCUAAAGGGCAACAUCACAAUGACCUGAAAAAAAAUGUUCUUCAAAAACAGAGCUUUAACUCGGCUCAUCAAAGCAUAUCACAAGAGCACGGAAAAGGAGCGCAGUGGACAACGGACACAGCGAAUGGUGGGAGAGUCCUGGACAGUAACAAGGAUUAUGGGCUGAAAGAAGAGAGAAAGGAGGAUAAUGUAGCUGUGUGCCAGGGUGGUGAAUACGAUGAGGCAGCAGAAGAAGAGGGUACAGUAGAGGAGCAGGUGGACCAGAGUAAUCGGAGAAGAGCUUCUCCGGGAGUGUACGGUAUUGAGAAUGCAGCAUUUGUGGAUGACAGAGAUGUAGACCAGGUCCUUAGGGAAGAAGAGGAGGAGGAGGAUGAGGAGGAGGAAGAACAAGAAGAAGAAGAGGAGGAGGAGGAGGAGAAUGAGGAGGAAGAAUAUGAAGAGGAUCAAAUGUAUGGGGAAUACAGUUACUGUUAUGAGACCGCUGGUCUGUCAGAUGAGGAUGAACCUCCGCCAAAGAGGAAAAUCAACUUUUCCACAAAUCCCAUUUCGGUCUUCAGCACCUUCUCCAAUGAAGAAUAUGAUCGGCGUAAUGACGAUGUUGAUCCAGUCGCGGCUUCUGCAGAGUAUGAGCUGGAGAAGAGAGUGGAGAAGAUGGAUGUGUUUCCUGUGGAGAUUGAGAAAGGAGACAAUGGCCUUGGUAUCAGUAUCAUAGGGAUGGGAGUGGGAGCCGACCAGGGUCUGGAAAAGCUUGGCAUCUUUGUGAAAACCAUAACGGAGAAUGGAGCAGCUGAGAAAGAUGGACGAAUACAGGUGAAUGACCAGAUAGUGGAGGUGGAUGGUAUCAGUCUGGUGGGAGUGACCCAACUGUUUGCUGCAACAGUCCUAAAGAACACCAAAGGCACCGUGAGGUUCCUCAUUGGACGGGAGAAGCCAGGAACUCAGAGCGAGGUUGCCCGCUUGAUAAGUGAGACACUCGAGCAGGAGAAGAACCAGCAGCAUCAGCAUCUGGAGGAUCCGUAUGAACACUCGACGGAAGAGGAGGAUCGGUAUGAGGAGGAAGAUGGAUUAGAGGACAGGAUUCUGGGAUCAAAUUUCUCUCCAGGGCGAAACGUGGAGGUGUUUGAGCUGCCAGAUUCAGAGGCCUUGUUCCUGCCAAGCAACAUGGACAACUCUCAGAUGGCUUUCAGGUUCAAAGAGUUGCAGCUUAAGCACAGCAUUGCCAUAUCUGAAAUAAAUCAACUAAAGGAAAAGCUCAGUGAUACAGUGGAGGAAAAGUCAGUGAGGGAAGCCAGGGAAUCUGCUCUGGAGCAGAAGAUUGAUGAUGGGAAUGACAAGAUUCUGAAGCUGGAGAAUUACUGGCUGGAAGCACAAGCUGUGUGUAAGAGUGUGAACGAACAACUAGCUGAGACACAGGCUCAGUACGAGGCCCUGGAUAAGAAGUACAACAAGGCCAAGAAACUGCUCAAGGACUACCAGCAAAAAGAAAUAGACUUUGUGAAGAAAGAAGAGGAACUAAAAAAAACUCUAGAUGAAAAAGACAAGUUUUACAAGGAGCAGCUGGAGAGCUUGCAGAACAGGAUAGCUGUCCUGGAGUGCAGAGGUGUUUCAGCCCUGGAAUGUCCGAAUGGUCAGGAUUCUGCUGCAGACGAGAAACUAAGCAGCCAAGACUCAAUCACCAACACGCAAUCUGUCGACUCGCUCCAAGACUGGGGUGAGUUGGUUCCUGAAACGACCCGCUUGGACACCAGUGCACACCGAGCAAAAGGCCUGCUGGCUCAGAUGGCCAAACGUCAACCUCCAUCCCGGAACAAGCUGAAGGAGAACCUCACUGUCGCGUCGUGUUACUCUCAGGAAACUGAAGAAGAGGAUGAUCAGGAGGAACAAGACCCUCCUGAGAGGCGGCGGUCCAUCCAGGAGAGUCUGUCCCUCCCCAUAAAUGUUUGCUACCCUGGUAACGAACAGAGAGACGAUCCAGGUGAGACCAGGGAGGCUUCCAGCAGUAAGGCAGAGCUUUCCAGCAGUCCCUCUUUAUCACCGUCACAGGGGGAUAGUGUUGAAAGCAGCGGAAGUCCCUCUCUGUCCCCUCCCAAACACGGCUCCUCACCGCAGUCUCCCUCUGGCUUCAUGCGCAACGUCAAGAAGAGGGAGUCCAAAGGCAAGGCAAAGGAGCUCAGAGAGGAGCUUAAUGAGCCUUCCGCAGCAGGGAAACCAAAAAGACGAUUUCCAGACUUUGGAGGCCUCCGGAAGUCAGGCGGCAAAGGGAAGAAACUUGACAAGGAGGCCAUGAGAGCAUCUUUGGACAGCAGGGGGUCUGCUGAGCUACUAGAGGAAUCUGGAGGGAACCUGUCUCCUGCAGAGUCCAUGACCUCCAUCCCCACCUGUAUGCCUUUCUCCUGGUUCGGAGACAAAGAGAGGGACAGAGACAGAGAGCCCUCGUCGUCCAGCAGCAGCCUGCCGUACACCGCCAACGAGACCAGCAGUGAGCAAAGCCAGGAUCGCAAAAAUAAGACAAGUCUCUCCUGGUCGUCUUUAUUCAGUCGCUCAUUAGAUUUGAGUGUUUCAGUCAUAGAUGAUUCUAACGCUGCCAGUCCCAGUUCAGACAUCUCUGGGUUAGUUGCUGAACCCAAUCUGUCUGGGCGCUCACACACUUUAAUCUUCUCCUCCAGCGAGACUUUAGAUGAUGAGCCGGUCACGUCAGGGAAAGAGUAUCAGUGGCAGAACCGGCCCGUCUGUGAGUGGACCAACCAGCAGGUCUGUCACUGGCUGAUGGGCAUGAACAUGGACCAGUACACGCCGGAAUUCACGGCGAAGGGCGUCGACGGCCAGCAGCUCCUGCACCUGGACAGCGACAAGCUGAAGGCUCUUGGAGUGUUGAGUCAAAGCGACCGUUCAACAGUCAAGAAGAAGCUGAAGGACAUGCGGAAGGCCCAGGAGAAGCUGGAGAAACAGCGAGAGAAGAAGGAGAAGGAAGGCAGACGCAGCGGGAGACUGUCGACCACCACCGACUCCACCUGCUGAGGUGGCGCUUCUGUACUCGAAUAAAGGCAUCCCACAACAUUCUCCACCACGCAGGACUCUGAAAAACAUUCUCACUUUCUUCCGGCGACCCCAGCUCCGUGAUCAUGUCAGGAGGCUGCAGGUCUGCUGGGAUGUUUGUCCGUGCAGCUUCUGCUCACGGUGUCCACACUUCCUCCCACAUCCAUGAAUGAUGCCCGUCUCUGUCGGGGGGCUGGAAUCCGGCCCGCUGGAAUCUGGGAGCGACUCCAGCCCCCGGCGCCCCCUCAACACCACGAGGGGGGCAGAGCCCAUGUCACGCUGCUCGUCGUCAACCACCGCAGAACGAUUGUGCCAGGAAUGUCCUCGUGCUGACUGACGUGUUAGUUGUAAAUCAUUUUCUCAAAGUCACAAAAAAAAAAAAAUCAUUCACUUCAGCUCAAACUGUUUUAACUGAAAGAUUGAAAAUAACAAAGUUGAAUAUGUGACCAAAAUGAUAACAUUUCUACCACUAAAAUGCUUAAAGCUACAAUUAUACGUCUUUAGUCAAAUAUAAUGUAGUUCUUGCUGAUCGUGCACAUUUACCCCUGGAAGUCAAAUGUAUACUGCUUUUUCUUUCUUUUUAAAAAAAAAAAGCGUUUUAUAUGUUUGCUGAAAUGAUCUGCCUGAUUCGUUGUUCCGCGCUUUGCAGGAUGGUAUUGUACAGUUCAGACAAAAGCACUACGUCUUUUAAUCUUAAAUGGGUGACAAGGUUUUAAAUGUAUAAAUGAGUUUUAUACAUGUGCCUGUUAACUGCAUCUGUUUUUUUUUUUUUUACUUAUACCAUCUUUCAUUUUAUACUAUCUUAAUUUUCUACUAAGUAGAAUAGCUCCAAUGUUGAUUUUUACUUUUAUUCUUCUGAAAAGCAGAUCAGGUUAGGGACCAGACGAAUGCUGCUGCGCCGUGUCUGACUCGGGCUGCGUGUUUCCGAGACGGUACCGCGAUGCUCAGCUCGCGCACCUCACCGUCUCGGCGGACGCCACGCCGAGCCCAUGACAGGACUAACGCCGUGUAUGAAUGAGGUUGAACAAUGAAAUUCCACAACCG